UGCGCAGCGCCAGAGCAUGGAGCCCGGACCGAGGCGGCGGCGCCGGAGCCACCAGCCGGUGGCAGCCUUCUUGCGCGACCCCAGCUCCGGGCGCGUCUACCGGCGCGGGAAGCUGAUCGGCAAGGGCGCCUUCAGCCGCUGCUACAAGCUGACAGACAUGUCCACCAGCGCUGUGUUUGCCCUUAAGGUGGUGCCGCGGGCGGGGAGGCUUCCCUCCAGAGGGAAGGUGGAGCGCGAGAUCGCCCUGCACAGCCGCCUGCGGCACCACAACAUAGUGGCCUUCCACGGACACUUCACUGACCGUGACCAUGUGUACAUGGUGCUGGAGUACUGCAGCCGACAGUCCUUGGCCCACGUGCUGAAGGCGCGGCAGACCCUGACGGAGCCCGAGGUGCGCUACUACCUGCGGGGCGUGAUCGGUGGCCUGCGCUACCUCCAUCAGCAGCGCAUCGUGCACAGAGACCUGAAGCUCAGUAAUUUAUUCCUUAACAAGAAGAUGGAGGUGAAAAUCGGAGACUUGGGACUGGCCACCAGGUUGGGGCCAGGGGGCCGCUGCCACAGGGUGCUCUGCGGGACUCCAAACCUCCUGGCCCCAGAGGUGGUGUCCAGAAAGGGGCACUCCUGCCCAUCGGACAUCUGGGCCCUGGGCUGCAUCAUGUACACAGUGCUGACUGGCACCCCACCUUUUGCGGCAGCAUCCCUGUCAGAGAUGUACCAGAACAUCCGUGAUGGCCACUAUCCAGAGCCUGCCCACCUGUCGCCCAAUGCCCGCCGCCUCAUUGCCCGCCUCCUGGCACCUGAUCCAGCUGAGAGGCCCAACUUGGACCACCUGCUGCAGGACGACUUCUUCACACAGGGCUUCACUCCGGAUCGAAUGCCGCCCCACUCCCGCCACAGCCCCCCGGCCUUCACCUUCCCACAACCUGUGGGCAGCCUCUUCCGGAAAGUGGGCCAGCUACUGUCGACCCAGUGUGGACCUCCCUGCCCCUGCACCUCCAAAGAGGCCUCGGGCCCAGGAGAAGAAGGGCCAGAACCUGACUCCCUGGACUGGGGCAGCGAGACCUCCCUGUCUGAGAGAGGGGCUCACUGUCCCCAGGCCCUCGUCCACUUGUUCACACAAGGGACCCUCUGGAGCGACCCGGCAGGGCCACAGGAGAGCCCAGAGACGGAGGUGGCAGCCGCCAUCAGGAACCUACAGCUCUGCCUGGACGCUGGCCCUGUGGCCCCACAGGACCCCCCAGGGGAGCAGCAGCCCCCCCUCUGGGCUCCCAAGUGGGUGGAUUAUUCCAGCAAGUAUGGCUUUGGCUACCAGCUGUCGGAUGGGGGCAGUGGAGUCCUGUCGGGAUGGCACCCACAUGGCCCUGCGCCCCCCAGGAAGGAGGGGGCCUCGCCUGCCCCCCAGCCGCCCGCCGCGCUGGGCCUCUGCCUGCUGCGCUUCCUGGGGACCUCGCAGGCGCUGCUGCUGCUGUUCAGCAACGGGACCCUGCAGGUCAGCUUCAGUGGGCUGCAGACCCAGCUUGUGCUGAGUGGCGAGGGCCAGGGGCUGCUGCUCACCUACUGGGUGCGGGGUCAGCCAGGUGCCUCCUACUCUCUGGGCACCCUGCAGCGCCGCGAGUGUGCCCCCGCUGCCCUGCAGCACCUGCGCCACACGCUCCACCUGCUGCAGAGCUUAUAGCGACCAAGGAUCAGAGUGGACCUCCGCGUGAUGGGGCUGGGGACCCAGGCUCCAUUCCUGUUCCUGCUGCUCCCCCAGAGGGAUGUCGCUGGGAGAGCGGGGGCACACAGGAGGGUGGCAGGGUGGGCUUCUUGCCCUGUGGCCUGACUGUUCAACCAGACUCCCGUGGGCAUCGACUGGGGCUGGGGCUCAGUGGUAGAGCACUUGGGGAGGCACCGGGUUGGACCCUCAGCACCGCAUAAAAUAAAUGAAUAAGAUAAAGUCCAUCAACGUCUGAAAAUAUA